AUGCUUCAGUCGUUGAUAAAUACCACUGACGAAUCCGGCACGGUGAAGAGGGAAUUCUCCUCUCCUCCGCAUUCUUCCAUAGCUUCAACCACGUCGUCCACUUCCAAUACUUCCCCGGACUUUCACGAAAAUGGCAGCAAUCAGCGCAUGACGCAUCCCAAACAAGAAUUGACCGACCAUCCAUCCCAGGUUGGUUCUGUUCUUGGCGCUGACGUUGAUGAGGAUGAGGAACAAUUGCAUAAUUCUCACGUCACUCACACCAACGGAAAGCAGCACAGGAAGAGUUGGAAGAAAAACGUGGCUGAAGAACACAAAUCUUUGAUUUCCACCUCGUCACCAGAAGGCAUUGCUGCCGCAUCCCAGAUAACUCCAAACCGUAUUGCCAAUAUUUUACUUCAAGAAGGACCAUUGCCAAUUAGACAUUUGACAGCACAUUUGGUUUCUCAAAUUCCUAGUUUUGGCCACUUGUCGCUUUCUAAGCAAAGGCGACUUAUCAUGGCCGCUUUGGAAAUGGGCGACUCGCAAACGGGUUGUGUGUUUGAGAAAAUCGGUUGGGGCCAAUGGGAAGCCAGAAAAGCCACAGAUGAGCAGAUAUCGCAACGAAAUACACAAGCUUCAACCAGCAAUAGAGACAGAUCCCCUGAAAGUCCACCAGCACAUUCCGGUGGAGCAAAGCCUAAGCGGAAAGAAAAAAGAGGAAGCAGUGUUGCUCUGAGCACAUCUCCAAAAAGCAAGGGUAACUUACCAAAUUAUAGACGGGAGUCCAUCACCAAUUCUGCUACUGAUUUACACAAUACAAAAGUUCCUUUAUCGCCGAGUCUCCAGCCGUUGCAAAGCCUUCGAAACUCAUUCAAGGAUCGCAAGUAUUCCUUGGACGAGGCAAUUGAGUCGUCGUCAGAAGAGGAAGAUGAUGACGAUUCUUUGGAGCGCUUUCAAGGGGAAGAUGACGAUGGUAUGUUUGCAUUUGAAGGAGAAACCACAUCUCAGAAAACAAAGCAUGCGUUGCGAAACGGUUCAUUUUCGUCAACAAACCGCCGGCCUUCCUUUGCAGGAAUCGCAAAGCCAAGAAAGCCGCGCUCGUCAUUCAAUAGCCAGUCAAUCGAGGCCGUAUUUGAUGAGAAUAGCAACCUUGAUUCGGCAUCGAUGCCAGACGGAUUGCUUCCAAAAAGAAGACCAAGAGUCUCGUUUUCCAACUCCUCAAGUGUCACUCGACAAUCAUUUUUGCGGACUAAUAUUUCGCCCUCAAGUGGGCCCAUCAUGAUGCACGACCAAGUAAGCAAUGUGACGAUCAAUACUGUCUCUUCGACGGAGAAUCUGCAGGAUCCGGAGCGCAAUGAUCUGGAUAAUUUCACAGACGAGGAAGAUUGGGAGGCCAUGGGCCCGGCCACAUUGCGGAAAAACAGCUCAUCCACAGUGACUGUUCCCGCAACAAAUGUGACCGUUGACCAUAACUCGCCGAGACCGAUAUCAGUUAAGGUUGUGAAACCAGACAAGUCCAGCCCAUUAAAAGCUGGUUCUGCAAUUCAAAGUGACGAAGAAAUUGCUGCUAUUGCGCUGAUGGAUUUGAAGUCCGUUUAA